AUGUUAGCUGUUUUCUUGAUACUUGUUUCUCGUUUACCAGAUCUUAGCGCGGUAGUCAACGUGGAGCGUAAGGCCAUCUUCUUGCUUUGUCAGCGAGUUAACAUUGUGGUAAAGCCUAAAAACAUAAUUCGUCUCUCUGCUUCCCAGCUCUCUCCUCAUCGUCCCUGCUCUCCCCGCAUCUUUUCCGUUCUCCUCGCAUCUUCUCCGUUCCCCCCAUCUUCUCCGCUCUCCCCGCAUCUUCUCCGUUCUCCCCGCAUCUUUUCCGUUCUCCCCGCAUCUUCUCCGCUCUCCCGCAUCUUUCCCGUCCUCCCCUCAUGCCCCCCUCUCUCCUUCAUCCCCCAGCCCCCCUUCAUAUCACCGCCGCGCUCUCUUGCUCUCUUCCUUCACGCCCACCCUCAUCUCCCUUCCACUCCCCCCUCGUUCCCCAUCUCUCCCCCACCUCCCCUCUUCCCGCAUUUCCGACUUACCCGUGUUCCCCUCCCCCCACCAUACCUCAGUUUCCCUCCCCCCCCCCCCUCACGCCUCCUCUCCCUCCCGAUCCGCCCCUCAUCUCCCUCCCCUCCCAUACCACCGCAACCCCAUCACCCCUCAUCUCCCUCACUCCCCUUCUCCCUCUCUACAACCUAA